CGUCUGCCUCCUCUCGCCGCUGAUGCGCGGCGGCUCGCUCGAGGCGCGGCUGCGUAUCUCGGAUCCCGACCGUGCUGCGCAGCUCCGGCGGCUGGGGAUGGUAGAGCCGCCGAGGCCGCUGACGUGGCGGCAGCGCGUUCGCAUUGCUUGCGAGGCGACCGAGGCGCUCGUCUACCUCCACUCAAAGGAUAUCGUGCACCGCGACGUCAAGCCGGACAACAUCCUGCUCGACGAGAAGCUGACCGCCGUGCUCGCCGACACGGGCUUCGCCAAGGACCAGCGUCCCGACGCCUCUGUCCGCUACCGCUCGACUGCCCUCUACAUGUCCACUGGCUACCUCUGCCCCUCUAUCUCCAAGGGGGGCGAGUAUUCGAGCAAGACCGACGGCUACGCCAUUGGCAUCACCCUCCUCGUCUGCCUCACCAGCCGCUCCGAGGUGCAGCUGACCGACCGGUGCGAGGACGAGUUUGACGGACUCUGGACCAACAUCGACGCGUCCCAGAUCGCAGACGCGGCGGCGGGGCAGGAGGCGCUGCAGGCGCCGCCGGCGCCGGGCACGCUCGCCGAGACGAUGGCCCGGCCACCGACGCGAGCGAACGCCUCGACCUCCGCGGCGGCCACGUCCUCCUGCGGGCCGGGUCGUGCAAAGAUUUGCUGCUGCGACUCAUUUGGGUUCCAAUAUCCUGCUCGUGCGGACGACAAAAAGAAAACAAGUUGCUAA